UUCCAUAAUAACGCCCCAGUCAGAUGUUUUUAUUAUUUCGCUUCCGCCUUCAGUGUUCUCGCCGUGUCAUGUGGAUGUCAAAAACCCAGAGUAACUGACAGGCUUUGGGGUUGAAAUCUCUACCGGGGGGUCUCAGGAUUUCCCCCGCCGCAGCACACACACACUCUUCUUGAGGGUGUUUUCAAAAAGGAUCCGUUGGGAGCGAUGGCGGACGGGGAACGGUCGCCGCUACUGUCCGAGCAGUACGACGGGACCAACGGCAGCUUACAUGGAUAUCCGUCAAAACCACAGAGUUUUGCGCCGUUCCCCAGUUCGGUGGCAGCAAGUGAGCCUCCGCCCCCCUACUCGCCGCAGGGCAGCCCGGACAGCAGCAGCGCUCCGGUCAUCAGCUGCCGCGUCUGUCAGAGCGCCAUAUCUGUGGAGGGCAAAGCGCACCAGCACGUGGUGAAGUGCAGCAUCUGCAACGAAGCCACGCCGAUAAAGAACGCUCCUGUUGGAAAGAAGUACGUCCGCUGUCCAUGUAACUGUCUCCUGAUCUGCAAAGUCACGUCGCAGAGGAUCGCCUGUCCGAGACCGUACUGUAAACGUGUCAUCAACCUGGGACCAGUCCACAUCGGCAGGGAGAGUCCUGAACCGCAGCGUCAGCCCGUCGGCAUCCGGAUCAUCUGUGGACACUGCUCUAAUACAUUCCUGUGGACAGAGUUUUCCGACCGGACCUUGGCCCGAUGUCCGCACUGCCGAAAAGUCUCUUCUAUUGGUCGGCGGUACCCCAGGAGGAGGAGCCUACUGUGCUUCAUGCUGUUCUUCUUCCUCGUCGCCUCCACUGCAGGACUUGUGGUUGGUACAUGGAAUAGCGCCCAGGACUCUAAAGGGAUCUACGUUUCGUGGGUGCUGCUGAUUGUGCUCGCUCUGUUCACAAUGGCAAGAACCAUCUACUGGAGGUGUCUGAAAAUCAGCGACCCCAUAUCCAACAUCGCUUAGAGAGAGAGAGAGUGAGAGAGAACGAGGGAGAGAGAAAAAAGGGAAGGAAGGUGAAAGGGCAAGUGGAUAAAAGGAAGAAUGGAAAGAGUAAAGCAUGAGAGUCUAAUUUCUAAAAUCGCAGAGGAAAAGAGAGGAAGGAAACUAGACAUGAACAGUUGAGACAAAGAGAGAAGAAGAAAAAAAAUGCAUUCAAGAUAAAAAAAAAAAUCAAACUCCACGUUCAUGCCAGAAUUUUUUGUCAAUUUUCCAAAAAAAUAUGUCCGUACAGAAUGAAGAUUUUUUUAUUCACCAUCACAAAUUGGGCAUGGUUGGAGACAAAAAGAGGGAGCUCUGAUUCGUAUGGACAGAUUGAGGGAGGAAUGCAGUGAAGGAGGUGUUUUAGUUAAGUUAUUUAACCAUACCAAAUGGGGGUGGGGGGGGGAUCAAUAAUUGAUCCUAAUCAAACUAAUCACAUUGCAGUGAAGGAAUAAGAUGGGCCUGUUUUUGUUAUCCUUUUGCUAUUCUCUCUACUAGAAAAGAACUACAACAUUAAAUAAAUGAUGCUCCCCUUUUUAGUGGAAUAUUUUGACGUUUUGGGAACACACAUAUUUGCUUUCUUGACGACCGUUUGAUUGAGAAAGAUCCGAGAAGGUAGAUAGCACUCUUACAUCUGUACGGUUAGCUUAGCAUAACAACUGGAGACAGCAAACUAAUUAAAAGAAUAUAACUCAUUUGUUUAACACUGAAGAGUAAAAAGAGUUGUACAUGGUGUUAUGUGUGGGAUUAUUUCUUGCCCAAGAGUGUGUUUUUUUUUUUUUUUAUAAAGAGCUAGGCUAGCAGUUUCCAGUCUUUAUGCUAAGCUACGCCAACCAGCUGUUGGCUGUAGAUUCAUAUUUAAUACACAGACAUGAGACGUAUCGUUAUUCUCAUCUUACUCUCUGCAAAAGAGUAUUUUAAAAAUACAAAUAAGUGUAUUUUACAAAACGUUGAAAUAUUCUUUUCAUCUCUAAAGUCACAGUGCACAUAUCAUUUAACUACAAUUCAUCCAAGGAACCACGUUUGCAUUUUGUUUUGGGGCAUUAAUAACAACAAGAUAACGUGCAUAACCCGAUGAGGGAAAUGUAAUUAAUGGAUGUAUAUGGGGAAAUGUAUAAA